AGGUGCACAAUGACAGCGCUGAGGAGGUUCAACUGGUUUCUCUGUUUUUGGGUGCUGGGGAUCAAUACGACCUAUUCAGCCCCCGACUUUUCUUUGUAUCUUCCCAGUGUUCUAAAAAACCGCACAGCUCAUGCUUGCGAAGGGGAAAUGCUUACUAUUGAGUGUCCCGCCAGAACAUCCGUGGCCGUCCUAUCAGCCUUCUUCGGACGCCGCGUUCCCCAUCGUUAUUUGUGUCCUAAACCGACGACAAAUCUAACCGCCGAGGAAGAUGCAGAUUGUUCUUCCCCUGUCGCUAUCAAGAAAGUGCUGUCGGAGUGUCAGGAUGAGCAGUCCUGUCAAAUCCCUGUCUUUGCCCCUGUUUUUGGGCACGAUCCCUGUCCACUUACCACUAAGUACCUUCUGGUAUACUACAAAUGUAGACCAGUGCACCACCGUACAAGACAAGUGUGUGAGAACGAGCGCUUGAGGCUGGCAUGUAAAAACGACACCGUGCUGGCCAUCUAUUCAGCCACAUUUGGAUACCUGCUGCACGGAAGCGUGCUGUGUCCUCUGGGAGGGGGCUCGCCGUUGGACACGGAGUGUUUGUCAGCGUCCGCUCUGAGGAGGGUGUCACGUCGGUGUCACGGCCGAGCGAAUUGCUCAGUGCUUGCUGACACAAAAACCUUUGGGGACCCGUGUUUCCCUGGUACCAGGAAACAUCUGCGUGUGUCCUACACUUGUGUACCCAGGUAUAUUCUGGAGGAUGUGGGUCGAGGGACAACGGAUCCUUUCAUGAUCUCAGACUACACACAUGGUGGAUGGUACACUGGCCCCACCUACAGGCCUCAAUAUGUCCUACUAACCAACUCUCUGGAGAUAAUAGAAAAAAUGUUGGCACCUGAGCGAGUGGUUCUGUACUUCGUUUCUGGGAUCUGCGCCGGUCUGGUUUUCCUGCUCUGCCUGUUCGGACUGCGUUCCACACUAGUGAAGGAUGUGAAGGAGCUGGUGUCAGAACUGCAAGAUGAGAUGAAAACAUCCAGAAGACAGCACAAGGACCUCACAGAGGAUCUCUUCGACAAUGAUGAACUUUCGGAGGCCUCGUCGUUUUGUCGACUCGCCCAGUCAUACCGCACAUCACUCACAGUGGAGUCGAUGACCCGGGGUAUCGAACACACCGCAGCCCUGCCCGAUGGAGAUAUGUGGCCACAUCCAGACACCAACCCUUACGCCAUUCAUCGCAUUACAAAUUACAAUUAAUUUCUUCUAUGAUUUGACAUGACUUUUCCUAAACUGACCUAAAAACAAACAAUUGAAAAUGUUUUCUUAUGUACAGGUACUUGGUGUACUUAAUCGAUUUAAUUUUUUUUACCGACAAACAGGGCCGGGCCAGGCCAUUUGGGGGCCCUCAGCAAAAUAAUGCCAAGGGGCCCAUAUUUUUGGCCCACGAUUUCGUCACAGUGUACUGUGAAACCCAUACAUGCAGUCCAACCCAUACGUCCAUAUUUUGUAUAUUAACCAGAUCUUGUUGCACUGCAUACUCCAAACUUAUCACCCAGAAUGAUUGUCAGUACUUACAGUAGAUGGCGCCAAACCUUUUUCUAAAAGAGGAAAAGAAAGAAGUGAGGGAAGAACUUUUAUUUUUUUAAGCUUGUAAUCAAGUAUCAAAACUCACAAAUUCAAGGAGAAAUUCUCUUCGACAUAUUCAUGCAUCUAUUUUCCAAGCACGUUUGAGCACCAAUCAUCGCAAAUCAGGUUCAAUGUCACUCCCCAGGUUGCCAGAUUGUAAUGACAAGAAAAUGGAUGUUUGCAUAGAUAAACGGCAAUGCGCACCACAUUAUUCACGAUGUUCUAUUAACAACGUAUAAAAUUAGGUUGCCAGAUUGGGGGCCCCCUAGUGGUCAGGGGCCCUAAGCAGCUGCAUAGUCUGCGUAUAGGCUGGGCCGGCCUUGCCGACAAACUGUGAGUUUCCACCAUAUUUGCACAAGUUAACAAAACGGACAUUAAUUCAGCAGAGGGAUGAAUGGACGCCAUUGGACAUCUACAGUGGGGCAAAUAAGUAUUUAGUCAACCACUAAUUGUGCAAGUUCUCCCACUUGAAAAUAUUUGAGAGGGCUGUAAUUGUCAACAUGGGUAAACCUCAACCAUGAGAGACAGAAUGUGAAAAAAAAAACAGAAAAUCACAUUAUUUGAUUUUUAAAGAAUUUAUUUGCAAAUCAUGGCGGAAAAUAAGUAUUUGGUCAAUACCAAUAGUUCAUCUCAAUACUUUGUUAUGUACCCUUUGUUGGCAAUAACGGAGGCCAAACGUUUUCUUUAACUAUUCACAAGCUUUUCACACACUGUUGCUGGUAUUUUGGCCCAUUCCUCCAUGCAGAUCUCCUCUAGAGCAGUGAUGUUUUGGGGCUGGUGUUUAGUGUUAAGAAGUAUUUAAAAGGUUAAUUUUGACUUACGCGGAAAUCCGGGAUACGUCGUCAGUGCAGGAACGGAAGUUGUUCGUUAACCGUGGACUACCUGUAUAUACACAUCUGCCACUGGUUUAUUGGGAUGCAACAAUGUACAUGUAGAUCAGUGUGCAUGCCAUACAAGAGGAACAGACAAAUUCAAUUAUAUAGCAUUGCUUUCUGCAAUUCUCUUUAAACAACAAAAUAAUGUUUUUGCCAUAGAGUCAUUAAAUGAAUCAUUUUAGGCGUCCCUCACAACCUUAUUAAAGACAUUACAUGGAUGUUUUGCAGUGCACGCCUUCAUGACACACAUUCAUGCUCGGUCCACCCAUCCAUCAUUUAUAGUUGUUGUCCUCUUCUGGGUCACAUAUGAACUAGAGCUUAUCCCAGAUGACUUUAGACGAGAUUUGUGCUACACCAUGGACUGGUCACACUAAUCGUUAACCAAACCGUUAGUGACAAAACUCAAAUUCUAUGCAUUUUUAUCGACCUGCAUAGUUUGUGUCAAUUAAAGCUAAACUCAUUCAUAAAAAUAAGAGUAAACAUGCUUGAAGCAAGUGUAUAACUGCCGAGUAAACAAACAUUUGUCCAUGAUUUGAGCUGUUCAUUGUCGUUUAGAUUUUUUUUUUUUUUUUUGCAAGAUGUCGUUGGGAUGGAUGUAUUUAUUUUUUUAAGUAAUAACUCAUUGGGUACCAUAGAGGGCUUGGACGUCUCUUGUCAUCAUAGAUGAUAAUGCAUGAGCACGCAAAGCUAGCCUAGCCCACAUAAAUGAGUUAAGGGCUACAAGCAGCACAAUUAUCCAGGGGUAUAAAGAUUUAGCAAAAAAAAAAAGUAUAUAUAUAUAUAUGCACACUAACAAACUUUGCAGAACAAAGAGAAAAUUAAAUGUUAAGAAACGUUAAGAAAAUCACAACCAAGAUUGGAUUACCAACUUUAUUUUUUAUACAAGUUUAUUUUAGGGCUGUCAAAAUUAUCACGUUAACAGGCGGUAAUUAAUUUUUUAAAUCACGUUAAAAUAUUUGACGCAAUUAACGCACAUGGCAUGCCCCGCUCAAACAGAUUAAAAUGACAGUGGCGUAAUGUCCGCUUGUUACUUGUUUUUUGGUGUUUGGCGCCCUCUGCUGGCGCUUGGGUCCAAAUGAUAUUAUGGGUUUCAGCACAAUGCGUGAGCAUGGUGCAAUUAUUGACAUCAACAAUGGGGAGCGACUAGUUUAUUUUUUGAUUGAAAAUUUUAUAAAUUUUAAUAAAACGAAAACAUUAAGAGGGGUUUUAAUAUAAGAUUUCUAUAACUUGUACUAACAUUUAUCUUUUAAGAACUAUAAGUCUUUCUAUCCAAGAAUCGCUUUAAGAGAAUGUUAAUAAUGUUAAUGCCAUCUUGUUGAUUUAUUGUUAUAAUAAACAAAUACAGUACUUAUGUACUGUAUGUUGAAUGUAUAUAUCCGUCUUGUGUCUUAUCUUUCCAUUCCAACAAUAAUUUACAGAAAAAUAUGGCAUAUUUUAUAGAUGGUUUGAAUUGUGAUUAAUUACGAUUAAUUAAUUUUUAAGCUGUAAUUAACUCGAUUAAAAAUUUUAAUCGUUUGACAGCCCUAAUAUAUAUUAAAUAUAUAUAUAUAAACUUGUAUAAAAUGCAUAAAUUACAUGUAUUUUUUGCAACCUUAGUUCAUGCUCCACAACUGAAUUGCAAUUUUGUUUUAUUAAUUUAUUGUCAUUAUUACAGGGAUUCCUUGCUACUUCACGGCUCAAAUUCCAUGCCCUCAAUGCAUCGUAGAUUAAAAAAAAAAAAAAAGAUACAAAAGUGUUCUAAAAACAUAUGUAUGCACACUUUAUUUACAUCUACGUAUUUUUGCUUAUACUUGUAUCAUAUGAGAGAGUAAGGGGAUGAUUGUAAAGUAGGCUACUUAUAAUUUAUAUAUUAUUGUAUGUUACUGAUAUUACUAAUAUUUUAUUUGCAUGUUUCUAACUAGUAUUUAAUAUUCUAAUGAUAACAUAUGCGUUUAUAAGGUUUGAUAUACACUUAUCGAUAUAUCAUGGACUUCACUAUCUCAUUUGCUCCCAAAAACAUAUAAAUACAUUGUAUGUAUAAUUGUUUCAGUGUCCCAAAGACUUAUUUAUAUGUUUAUUACGUUUUUUUAUUUUUAUUUUUUUCUCCAAAAAGACAUCUCUGGGCUGUUAUUCAAUUUAGCUCCAAAGCACAGAGCUGAAAAUCCAUUUUAAAGCAAUAAAACUGGCCACUGGAGGGCAGUGGCGCAUUUGGUAAGACCCACAACCCGAUUCAACGGCAACAAACGGCCAAGCUUCAAGGCAGAAGAUGACCGAAUGGAUGCCAGGCAGCGGAUGACCGAGCAGAACAACCGGUAGGAUGUCCGCGAUGCCAGGCGCUGGACGACCGAGCAGAACGACCGGGACCACUAGUGCAGCCUUUGAGUCAGAGCCCACAGAGACUCUAAAAAAUUCAUCUUUAUGAGACAGACGCCGAUGAGGGAAAAGUUUAACUGGCUGUCGCGGCCAGAACAGCGUCAUCUUUCAGUUAGUUAUGUGUAAAUAAAUUGUUACUUUGCUAUCAAAAGCUCUAUUUGUCUUGUUGUUUAUCUUAUUUUGUAUAAGGAAAACA